AUGCUGGAGAUCCCGAAUUGGUUGUUGAUACUGAUUGGGUUGUAUGCAGCGACGCCUUUUGUUCUGUACUUGGUGGUCCCAUAUGUGUUUUAUUAUGGGAAAUCUACACGGAAAAGAAUCGUAAUUUAUGUGCUUGGGGAUAUAGGGCAUUCCCCUCGUAUGUGUUAUCAUGCCAGGUCUUUUAGUGCUAGCGGUUGGGAGGUUGAGCUAUGUGGGUAUAUGGAAGAACAACCAUCUAAGGAUCUUUUGGACGAUGAUCGGAUUACAAUUCAUGUACUGCCACACCGGAAAAAUUUCAGUGAUAGAUUUGUUGUGAAUACUGUAUUUAAAGUGAUAUAUCAGGUGUUUGAUAUUACUUCAAUGCUGUGGGAGCUACGGGGAUGCGAUAUUAUAAUGUUACAGAACCCUCCUAGUAUUCCGAUUUUGCCAUUAGCCGUUGUUUUUAAGAUACUGACACGGACAAAGCUGCUUAUAGAUUGGCAUAACUUUGGAUAUUCAAUCCUUCAAUUAAAAUUUGGUUCAUUUACACACCCAUUGGUUUUGGUUUCUUACUGUGUGGAAUUUUUAUUCUCACACUUUGCCGAUUACCAUCUUACGGUGACAUCUGCAAUGAAAAAGUAUUUGGUUAGCUCAUUCAAAUUAUCUGAAAAGAGGAUUACAGUGUUGCAUGAUAGGCCUGCAGAACAUUUUAAACCAUUGAACGAUGAAAAUCGUGAAGAUUUGCUGAAGGAGACAUUUGUAGCGAAUCAUAUACCUCAGGGAUUUGAUAUCUCCAAGGGGGAUACUAUCCUUGUAACCUCUACAUCCUUUACCCCAGACGAGGACUUGAAUAUAUUACUUGGGGCUUUAAAAAUUUAUGAGAAUUCAAAGAAGAAGUUUGAUUCCAACUUGCCUAGAAUCUUAUUAUUUAUUACUGGUAAGGGUCCGCUGAAAGGAGAAUACAUUAAACGGGUGCGAGAGUAUGAAUGGAAUCAUUGCCAUAUUGAAUUUUUGUGGCUCUCUGCCGAAGACUAUCCAAGGUUAUUGAGAUUAUGUGACUAUGGUGUGUCAUUACAUACUUCUAGUUCUGGUUUGGAUCUUCCAAUGAAGAUUUUAGAUAUGUUUGGAUCUGGUUUACCGGUAAUUGCAAUGGAUUACCCAGUGCUUAAUGAAUUAGUUCAACACAAUGUAAAUGGGAUGAAGUUCAUUGACAGAAGAGGGUUGCAUGAAUCUUUGAUAUUUGCCGUUAAGGAUAAGAAAUUGAAGACAGCAUUACUUCGUACAGCUAUAGAAGAGAGUAAAAACAGAUGGCAUCCAAAUUGGACAAGGGCUUUUGAAGAGCUCAAGAUAGUACAUCAGUAG